AUCUCACUUUUUAUUUCAUUUUAUACAGCUAGCAAACAGUUGUAUAGGGUUACAGUAAUAUUGGUAAAUGGGAGCAAGAUAUACAAAAACAUUUAAUGCUGGUGGAAGAUUUUAUACCAUAUUUUGUUAUCAAGUUUCACAGAAAACUGAUUUUUCAACUAGAAUUUCUCAUGUGAAGUAUUCUCUUAGUCAUCAACGGAACUCCAAGACACUCUGGUUUAAUAAAGAUUUUAAAAAUUUCUCGUCCAUUGACCGAACGAGCGAAGAAAUGGAUAAAACACAAACUUAUAAGCCAUUUGGACCAGUUGUUAUGAGACUUGAUUCUCCGGAGUUUCAUUCUCUCUUUACUGAAGCGUUAAACAAAGUUAGAACAUUAUUUCUUGAAAAUGGAUAUGAACUAAGCAUUGCUGGGGGAGCAGUUCGUGACUUAUUAAGUGGAAUCAAACCGAAAGAUAUAGAUUUUGCAACGACUGCUACACCUAAACAAAUGAUUGAGAUGUUCAGCAAAAAUGAUAUCAGAAUGUUUAAUGAAGGUGGACAAUCUCAUGGCACAGUAACAUGCCGUAUAAAUGAAGAAAAUUUUGAAAUAACAACUUUAAGAAUUGACAGAGUGACAGAUGGAAGACAUGCUGAAGUUGAAUUCACAAAAGAUUGGUUUCUUGAUGCUUCUCGGAGGGAUUUGACUAUAAAUUCAUUAUUUUUAGAUCUUCAUGGUAACGUCAUAGAUUUUUUCAAUGGAAAAGAUGAUUUGAUAAAGAAAAAGGUGAAAUUUGUUGGAGAUGCUAGUAGAAGGAUCUGUGAAGAUUAUUUGCGAAUUUUGAGAUUUUUCAGGUUCUUUGGAAGGAUAGCAAAUUCUGAAGCGGAGUUUAAUGAGGAAGCUAUUCAAGCUAUAAAAUCACAAGGGCGUGGCUUGUUAAUAAUUUCUGGGCCAAGAAUAUGGUCAGAGAUGACUAUGAUUUUGAAUGGACGCUAUGUUGCUAAAAUCAUGCGAAAGAUACAUGAGUGUGGAUUACUUUCAUAUAUCGGUUUCCCUGAGGAAGUUGAUAUGGACAUGUUUGAGAAAAUUUAUAAUGCUACUAUUCAUUUGAAUACGAAUCAUAUGACAUAUGCCAGUGCUCUACUUCAAACUGAAGAGGACGUUUUGAAUUUAGAAAAGAGGGUACAGUUCUCAAAAAACGAGAGAAAGAUUGCUCUGUUUAUUGUUUCUUAUAGAAACAAAAUUAAUAUUUGUGAUCCAGCACGAUUAAAAUUUUGUCAAGAUAUACUGGUUGAUAUUCCAAAACAUGAGGGAAAUCAUAAAGGUUAUUUAAUAGAGGUUUUAAAAUAUAUUGGUGAUUUUGAAACGAUGCAGCAGCUGCAGAAUUGGAAUAUUCCAAGAUUCCCAGUUUCUGGGGGAAUGUUGAUGGAAGCAGGCGUUCCGAAAGGAAAAACAGUUGGUAUGGUAACAAAAAUCUUGAAAGCCAAGUGGAAAGAAGGCAACUACCUAUUAUCUGAUAAAGAGUUGCUUCUAUUUUUACCAGAUAUCUUAAAAACAUUAUGAUAAACAUUAAAUUUUAUUUACAAA